AUGGAAAAGCAUAAUGGAACAGUGCUGAGUGAAUUCAUCCUCAUGGGAAUCACAGACCGCCCUGAGCUGCAGGCUCCAUUAUUUGGGCUCUUCCUCAUCAUCUACAUGACCUCAGUGGUGGGCAACUUGGGCAUGGUCAUCCUCACCAAGGUGGACUCCAGGCUACAAACACCCAUGUACUUCUUUCUCAGACACCUGGCUCUUACUGAUCUUGGUUAUUCAACAACCGUGGGACCCAAAAUGUUGGUAAGUUUUGUUGUGGAUCAAAAUUCAAUCUCCUGCUAUUUUUGUGCCAUGCAAGGAGCUUUCUACAUUAUAUUCAUUGUUAGUGAACUUUUUAUUCUGUCAGCAAUGUCCUAUGAUCGCUAUGUGGCCAUCUGUAACCCUCUGCUCUACUCAGCCAUCAUGUCACAAAGGGUCUGUUGGGUGCUGGUGGCAAUCCCUUAUCUCUAUGGCACAUUUGUGUCUCUUCUAGUUACCAUAAAGAUAUUUAAUUCAUCGUUCUGUGGCUACAGUGUAGUGAGGCAUUUCUACUGUGAUUGUGUUUCUUUGUUAUCUUUGCUCUGCUCAAAUACACAUGAUAUUGAACUGAUUAUUCUGAUUUUUUCAGGUUUUAAUUUGUUUUUGUCUCUUCUGACAGUUCUUGUGUCUUACUUGCUCAUCCUUGUAGCCAUUCUUAGGAUGAACUCUGCUGGGGGAAGGCACAAAGCUUUGUCCACUUGUGGAUCCCACCUGACAGUGGUCACCGUGUUCUAUGGGACUUUACUAUUUAUGUAUUUGCAACCCAAGUCUAGCCAUUCCUUUCACACUGAUAAAGUCACUUCUAUAUUUUAUACUCUCAUUAUCCCUAUGUUAAAUCCCUUGAUCUAUAGCUUGAGGAACAAAGAUGUAAAAUAUGCUGUGCAUACGAUAUCAAAAAAAACAUGCAAUAUCUUUUCUUAA